AUGGUUAAAAACGAACACCAACUGCAAUCGAUGCUAUGGGAUACACAUCAUCAUCAUCAACAACAACAACAGCUUGACUAUUAUAUGAAUGUCCCAGCAAGUUCUUAUACAAAUGUCAAUUUAAUUAUUAAUAAUACAAAUCGAAUUAAUUGUAAUGGAACAUCUCAAACAACAAAUGAAUCAAAAAUAAGUCCAUUACCAUCAGGUACAACAUCACAAACUGUUCCUACAUCAACACAAAAAUCUCGUUCAACAUCAAAUAAAAAUUCUUCAUCAUCACCAACGGAAUUUACUUCAACAAUCAUACCUCAACAUAAAGAAAUCUAUCCAUGGAUGAGUGAUAAAAAACAUGGAAUAAAUAAAAGUAAGACUAAUUCAAAAAAUCAAGCAGGACAUAAUACGACAUCAACAUCAUCUUCUUCUUCAUCAUCUGAUAAAAGCAAUUCAACACCAUCAAAACGAGCUCGAACUGCUUAUACAAGUGCUCAAUUAGUUGAACUUGAAAAAGAAUUUCUCUAUAAUAAAUAUUUAAAUCGUCCACGACGAAUCGAAUUAGCACAAGCACUGAGUUUAACAGAACGACAGAUAUGGUUUCAAAAUCGUCGAAUGAAAGAUAAAAAAGAUGGAAAAAGUCGAACAUCAUAUAAUAAUGGUUGUGUUAUUGGUUUAAAUAAUUCUCCAUUGGCUUCAUCAACAACAGAAAAAGAUGAAUUAAAUUCAUCGUUAGCUCUUCGUUCAUAUCAUCAUCAUCAUCCUCAACAUCAUGGAUACUAUCAACAACAACAACCACCAUCAAUGUCUGUUACAUUUUCAACACCAUCACCAUCAAAUUAUUCAAAAGCAUUUCAACAACAAAUUGAUUAUAAUACAGCUACACCAGCCGAUAUGUAUGAUAUGACAGCAAAUUAUUGUAUAAAACAAUCACCAACAUCACCAUUCAAUUCAUCAAAUUAUUAUCCAAAUGGAGUUGGAAAUAAUAUUAAAACAAAUUAUAUUCCUCCAACAUCCUAUGAACGUCCACCAGUAUCAUUUGAUUCAUAUUAUUUUAAUUCGGAUACAUCAUCUGUUGUACAUCAUCAACAAUCCGGUACAGCAUUACCUCCAUUUGCAUAG